AUGUCGCCAACCGAGAAUUUGAAUAAACCCGCCAUUGUUAUUUGUCACGGCUCAUAUCACACUCCUGCCCCUUAUGGACCAUUCAUACAGAGCCUAAAAUCGCAUGGAUUUGAAACGGUGCACUGCCCACAGCGUCCAACCUGCGACCUCAGCAGACUGAAUGUCGGCGAUGAUCUCCUCAACCCUGAUUUCGACCUUGGUCCUCCUGCAGAAGGAUACCCAAGUGAUACCGGGGAUGUUGACGUUGUAAUACAAGUUCUGGAUAAACUUGUCAACAAAGACGGCAAGGCUGUUCUUCUGCUGGCUCAUUCGUCCGGUGGCUGGGUUGCAAGCCAGGCAGCUAUACCAGAAUAUCAACUAAAAGCCAGGCAGUCCCGAGGUGAGAAGGGUGGUCUCAUUGGUAUUUUCUACUCUGGAGCGUUGGUUGUUCCAGUGGGCGAGUCUAAACACGGCCACGACGGUCUCGGAACACCCGUCAACGCCCCCUACUACAUGUUCAACGGGGUUGCACCCGAAGAAGCAUUAAAAUGGGCAAAAACGCUGACAGCGUCACCUGUUAUGCAUGCGAAAUUGACGAAUGAUGCAUACUCGGCGUUGCCAUGUGCUUAUUUGGUGUUGGAUGAUGAUAAAAGUUUGCCCAGGGAGUAUCAAGAAGGGAUGAUUGCACUUCAUAGUCAACAAGGAAAUGUUUUCUCGGUUUAUCAUGCACCUUCGGGGCAUUCGCCGCAUCUGAGUUGGACGAUGGGGUUGGUAGAGAAAGUUGAGGAGUUUACCAGGAAUCUUUUGAUAGAUAUUAGUAUUUAG